AUGGGUAUACAGAGGAGAUUCUCUUCAGUAGAGCACCCUCAGACCAAUGGACAAGCGGAGUCAGCGAAUAAAGUGAUCUUACGGGGUUUAAAACGCCGACUCUCUGAGGCAAAAGGAGCCUGGUUGGACGAACUCUUGGUCGUGAUUUGGUCCAACAACACGACGCCGCAUUCAACCACAAGGGAAACUCCUUUCACGAUGACUUACGGGGCGGACGCCAUGCUACCAGCAGAGAUAGACAACAACUCUUGGCGGAUAGCACCGCGACUCGAGGGCGAAAACUCUUCCAACAUGGCGGUGGAGCUGGACCUGUUAUCUGAAACACGAGAGGAAGCUCGUGUCAGAGAGGCGGCGAUGAAACAGCGGGCUGCGGCGAGGUAUGACCCAAAGGUUUGCCCGCGGGCGAUGCAAGAGGGAGACUUGGUUCUUAAGAAGCGGACUGGGAAUGUGGGGAACAAGUUGAGCUCUGUAACAUCCCACCAAUCAGGUAAAGACCUCGUAGACGAUACGAAACCCUAG